UUGUAUCCGAUACCUGAAAAAUAUUCGAAGAAAAAAAGCGACGGUGAUGACCUGGAUGUGGAUGUAUUAAGGAAAACGUCUUUGUCUAGUGAUUUGUCUAAGGACAGUUAUAAAGAACAUUUUCAUAAUUUAUUAUGGCUUGAAGAAGUCCAAGCCAAAAGAGAUCUGCAAAAAUCAAACCUUUAUGAUGUAAGAUUACUAAAACUUGAAAACAAAAAAGGUGCUGCCAGGUACUUACUCCGUAACAAAGACAAGAGUAAUUCAAUACAGAUUGGCGCUAGGAUAUUGCUGAAAGCACGUGAUUUGGGAAAUAAAUGUUUUGUUGCCAUUGUUAAAGAUAUUGAUAACACGUACAUCACUCUUAAGGUAUUAAGGUUAAGAGGAUUGCAAUACGACUUAUGUGAUACAAGGUUUGACGUCGUAUUUUUGUUAUCAAGAUUAACAUUUGUAAAUAUGCACGCUGCCGUAGAACAAUUUACAAUAUCGAAGAUCUUCCCGCAAGAAUCAAAUGAUGACACUAUAUGCAGUCGAAUUGACAGAUUUUUCAACCAGGGAGUGAAAAUGAACAUGGGGCAAAGGACAGCUGUAGAAUGUAUUGUGGCUGGUACAUCAGGUGCGGCGCCUUUCUUAUUGCACGGCCCACCUGGAACUGGCAAGACAGUCACCAUAGUUGAAGCAAUUCUACAGUUAGUAAUAAAAAAUGGCAGUAAUCGCAUUUUGGUAUGUGCUCACUCGAACACUGCGGUGGACAACGUGGCAUGCUUGCUACUCAAAUACACGAAAAUAAUAAGUCAAGACCCAAAAAAAGCAUUUCUGCGCAUAAAUUCAGCUUGCAGAACCAGCCCACCGGAAUGUUUAAAAGAUGUCAGCAGUUCAGGAAAAGUUGCAAAAAUGGGACGUUAUAGAAUAUUACUCUGCACACUUAACCUAGCGAGUAACUUUGACUUAAAAUUUAUUACCCACACGAUAAUUGACGAGGCAGCUCAAGCAACUGAACCGUCGUGCCUUAUCCCUAAAUCUGAAAAACUGAUUUUGUCAGGAGACUUCAAGCAACUUGGACCUGUUGUUGUUUCGGACGCAGCCAAAAAAUUUGGUCUUGGAAUAUCAUUAAUGGAGCGAUUGAAGAAGACAUGUCCGUUGUAUGCCGAAAACAAUAACAAAUACAUCGUUAUGUUGAAAAAUAACUAUCGAUCCGACGCUGAUAUAAUCAAAUUACCAAACUUAUUAUUUUACGACGGCCAACUAAAGGCAAUGGCAGAAACUGAUUUAAUUAGCAGGACAAAUAUUUUAUACGAAGAUGAGCCAUGUCGCGCAAUUGUGUUCCAUGGCGUGCUGUCUACUGAGAAAAAAGUUGGUGAUCCCCCGAGAAAACGCAGUCCUAACUGGCAAAUGUCGGAAAAGAUGUUGCUUGUGGAUUUAGUGGCUGAACAUUUCAGUGUAGUAGAAAAUAAGCGUACCGAUGCUGUUACUAUGAAACAGAAAAAUGCGGAGUGGGUAAAAAUAUCGGAAGAAUUUAAUUCCCAAACCACUUUUGGAUAUAGGACUGCAGAAAACGUAAAAGCACAGUGGGAAAGUCUGAAAAAAUCCACCAAAAAAGAAUCGUCUGCUGAAAGGCAAAGCUUGUUUCAAACAGGUGGCGGACCCUCAAAGCCUAAGCUUGAGGACAACCCGCUAUACAGAAAAAUCUUUGCUUUGAUAUCUACGACGGUAGUUGGACUGGUAAAUGAAUAUGACAGUGAUAACAUGAGUAAUAAUCAUUUUAUCAAUGAAGAGAUUCCUAGCAACACAUUGGCUUCCACUAAAGUUCCAGAUGUAACAGACAUAUUUGUUGCUGCUCCUAUAUAUUCCAUGUCCAUGCCUCUGUCAAUGGAUAUAGAUACAAGCGGACAAAAUGAUGAUAAACCACAAGGAGAAACAGCUGAUUGGGGAGACUACACUCCAAAACUGCUGCAAACUCCAAAAUCUGCCUCUACGGGCAGUGACUAUUCUAAUAUUGAUGAACUGAUGUAUAUAAAAAAAUAUGUUAAGAAACUCAUAAUCACGCAUGGGGUCGAAGAAGAAGAUAUUGGAAUAAUUGCAACCUAUUCGAGUCAGGUUGCAUUGAUAAAGGAGUGGGUGCAAAAGAACCAUUUGAAAAUUGACGUGGAAACUGUGGACGCUUUCCAAGGUCAGGAGAAACGAGUCAUCCUGAUCUCCACUGUCCGUGGAAAAGGCAAACAAACGACUAAUGUGAAACUCGGAUUUAUUACCGAUGCAAAGGCGUUACAAAUACGUUGUAAACAAAAUCAUCUGCGCGAUCAGCUGUCAUGGCGUCAUGGCAACAGAACCCAAAGUGGGGACGGAGUGAGAGAGUCAUAG